UGUGAGGGGCCGGAGCACAUCGCUAACCCUGCCUCUAACCCCGCCUCUACCAUCUCUAACCCCACCUCUAUCAUCUCUAACCCUGUCACUAACCUCAUCUCUACCAUCUCCAACCUCAUCUCUACUGUCUCUAACCCCAUCUAUAACCCCGCCUCUACCGUCUCUAACCCCGCCUCUACCAUCUCUAACCCCAUCUAUAACCCCAUCUCUACCGUCUCUAACCCCAUCUCUACCAUCUCUAACCCCACCUCUAUCAUCUCUAACCCCGUCACUAACCCCAUCUCUAACCUCAUCUCUACCAUCUCCAACCUCAUCUCUACCAUCUCCAACCUCAUCUCUACCAUCUCUAACCCCAUCUCUACCAUCUCUAACCCCAUCUCUGCCAUCUCUAACCCUGUCUCUACCGUCUCUAACCCCAUCACUAACCCCAUCUGUAACCCCGUCUCUAACCCCAUCUCUACCAUCUCUAACCCCAUCUAUAACCCUAUCGCUACCAUCUAUAACCCCAUCUCUAACCCCGUCUCUAACCCCGCCUCUACCAUCUCUAACCCCAUCUAUAACCCUAUCGCUACCAUCUAUAACCCCGCCUCUACCAUCUCUAACUCCAUCUAUUACCCCGCCUCUACCAUCUCUAACCCCAUCUAUUACCCCGCCUCUACCGUCUCUAACCUCAUCUCUAACCCCGCCUCUACCGUCUCUAACCCCAUCUAUUACCCCGCCUCUACCAUCUCUAACCCCAUCUAUUACCCCGCCUCUACCGUCUCUAACCCCGUCUCUAACCCCAUCAAUCACCCCGUCUCUAACCCCAUCUAUAACCCCAUCUCUACCAUCUCUAACCCCAUCUAUUACCCCGCCUCUACCGUCUCUAACCCCGUCUCUAACCCUAUCUAUAACCCCAUCUCUACCAUCUCUAACCCCAUCUCUACCAUCUCUAACCCCGUCUCUAACCCCAUCUAUAACCCCGCCUCUACUGUCUCUAACCCCAUCUCUACCAUCUCUAACCCCAUCUCUGCCAUCUCUAACCCUGCCUCUACCAUCUCUAACCCCAUCUAUAACCCCAUCUCUACUGUCUCUAACCCCAUCUCUACCGUCUCUAACCCCAUCUCUACCGUCUCUAACCCCAUCUAUAACCCCAUCUCUACCGUCUCUAACCCCAUCUAUAACCCCAUCGGUACCAUCUCUAACCCCAUCUAUAACCCCAUCUCUACCGUCUCUAACCCCAUCUAUAACCCCAUCGGUACCGUCUCUAACCCCAUCUAUAACCCCAUCUCUACCGUCUCUAACCCCAUCUAUAACCCCAUCGGUACCGUCUCUAACGUGUUUAGGGCUGCAGUGGGAGGGACAAACCUGAUUUUCUGUCCUUUUCGAAUGUCUCCCAGGAUAAAUUUUGUUUUUUCCAUCUGAUCAAAGUUUCUGAUUAUAGACCUUAGAAUUGGCUCACGUUGUUUGCAUAUUUACCUACGUAGCUGCUAAGAGCUACCCCCAGGGCUGGGUAGUCCUCCCUUAUGGAAGAUCUGAUUGUCUGUGCAUCAGGUGAACUUGACUGUAGCCGAGGCGACCGCCCCCCCCCCCCCCCCCCCACUAUUCACCUGACACUCUGUAUCAGCCACAGCUACGAAUCAGCUGCCAAUCCCUGUAGUUCCCACGCAGCCAGAAUGUCGAAUCGCUGCUGCUUGUCACUACGCUGCUGCCAUUUCAUAUCUGCUGACUAUCGGAAUAGUUUUAUUCAUUUUAACGACAGAUUUUUCGAGACUUGCUGACGUCGAGUCAACAAAUAACUUAGAACACUCUGAACUUUUGGGGUUUUCUGACAUUGAAUAAUAUUAAUUGAAAAGAGAUAUUUAUAUUCAGCAUGCUUUUGCUUAAUAAAAUAAUAAUUAAGUUAUUUAUAAUAAACAAUACUGUAUGAGUAUGUAUUCAAGUACUGCAAUACGCAGACAACUAGCAGUUUUUAAAGUCCUUGGUGGAGCAGUUUUACUUGCGGGUGGUACUUGUUUGGGUGGUAUUGACAGUAUAAUUUUGCUCCUGUGGACUCUCUGUAAAAUUACCUGAAUGACUUCAGUACUCUUUAUAUUAACGAGAUUAUGUUACGUUAGGUCACUUCGGAUGAUUUGACAGAGUUCAGCCAUUGCAUGAUCCUCCGAUACCAGUAGACGAAUGACUUAAUGUCUGAUUCCGUUAUUCGUUUUAAUGCAGAGUUGAUGUAAGCAAAUUUUCGGGAAAAAAAAUGUAAAUAUAUGAGCAAGUAUUGAAAUGCGUAAUUAAUUCCGAAUGUCCCUUUCUGCCUGCCCAUUUGAACGGGAAUGUGGUUUAAGGGGUAUUUUAACGCAGAUGACUGAUUGAUUUCAGUCAUUAAAUGGCAGGCUAUUUUAGACACGAGUUUCGGCAGCCCUGUGUUCCUGCCCUCAGAUUGUCUGCACUGAGUCGCCCGGGACGGUUUUUUUUCCGAGGAGGGUGUAUGCCGGAGUGCUGUGCUGUCGCGGUCUCGGCAGCCCCCCGGGCGUCCCCCUCACCCCGGCACAAUUCUGGGUUAAAACAGGCAGCUUUCGGUUGACUGAUCGCACCCCUGCUUGUUUCUGGAUCAAAGUGCCAUAUUAUGCCUGCCCUGGACACACCGAAACAGCUGGGUGGUGGGGGGGGGCGGCUUUUCUGCUCCUAUAGCCUAACCUAAAAUCGUUCUCGUAAGCAAGACCCUCGUUGCAUGUAGUUUCUCCAUGUGGAAAAGGUUACUAGUCAAAAGGGCGUAAAUCUGUUUAAAAAUAUACGCCUGACUCACUAUGUUAGUGUCAUUCUUACGGUUCAUCUUUGUACGGCUCCAUCGGAUUCUGCCAUGUUCAAUAAUAACCGGGCGUUUUACGAAGAAAGAAAUAACACUUUCUGCAGGUCUUUGCCUAUUGUCAUGGAUUAAAUCGGCAUUUUACAGUGUUUAAUACUACAGCCGUUCAUCUGAUCUGGUGAAUGGUUUGCAUUGUAUAUCCCUAACCAACCCAGUAGUUUUGUCAGUGCGGUUGAGUGAAACGGUGCAAGAUGUAAUUAUUCUGUUUGUUUUACAUAUUUUACUACGGUUCUAGAAGACUGUGUUAUUAAAGGAAUAUGCCGUUUUUAAUUGUUAAAAUUUUAUUAAAGAUAAAACAAUCUAUUUGGAAAACGAUGACCUUAGAAAGCUUUGGUGGUGAGAGACGGUGUGGCUGUUGCGCUGUUUACACAAUAGUAACCCAGCAAAGAAACCCGAUCUAUUUUAACUGCCCUUGAAUUAAUUCUGUGUACUUAAAACAGUGCUGCUAAAAACACUUAAAUGUAACACCUUAAAUGUAACACCUUAUGACAAUAAACACUUUUUAGACUUUUA